UUGCAUGUUAAAACAUGCAGAAGAAACAUACGGAAAGAACGUACAUACCUAGAUUAAUUCGCCUGUAUAACCUGGCUACCCUAAGACAUGGCCCGAAAUCGCAGUAUGAACAAGUCUUGGCCCGGCUUGUGAUCACCCUUCGAAUAACAUAGCUCCGCGUAAGCAUUUAGAGGAUCUCUUUUGCCCGCGCAUGUCAUUCCCGAUCCCUUACACUCUCCCAACCCUCACCUCGUCCAUAGACAUGUCUACUGCCCGGCCCCCUGCCUACGCCGCUCCUCCUCAUCGACAUGCACAUCAGCAUCUACGAUUCCCUCACCCUGGCUCGCCGGCACAAACUGCAACGCCAGCCACCCUUGCGGCUGUGAUAUCUCCUCUCCUGUCCCUAUUCUACCAGGCACGCCACGAUCCCAGCGCUUUGAUCGGCGCUUCACCGCAACUCAAUCAUGUCCGCUAUCACUCUAAACGUCUGCCCUCCCCUCUUUACUUGAGCCCCCACUGAUCCAAGUACGCAUUUCACGUCCUUUGCCACGCUAUACCCG